AUGCCGAGAGAGAGGCACCUUGAUUGCCAGACUGUUGAUGCCAACGCUAGCACACAGUUUAUCAAGCAAUUCACUGAACAUGAGACGAAUGAACGGCGGAAAAGGCGCGCACCGUCGUUCUCUGCGGAGGAGCACGAUGCAAUCCGCAAGAAGUUAAAGACAGUCCCUUUCAUCAAUCCAAAUUACGCCCACGAGACCAAGAUCAAUGUUUCGGUUGUCCGCAAAAAAUGGGAACGCUACUGCCGUGAACAGCACGAAGUUGAAUGCGAGAAGCAGAAGCGUGGCGAGUGUGACGAGUUGGUGUGGGGUGACUGGCAAGCGGCUUUGACAACUGUGGCCAGAGAGACGAUGAUGGAUUUCUUCUUGCGACUUUGCGAGUGGUCCAAAGGCAAAAUCAAGUCGUGGGGCACCACGCAGGUAUACAUUCGUCAUUUCCAACAACUAUACACACAGUUGGCCGGUCGUUAUGUGGACCGGAACGACAUCAAAGAGCUCUACAUUUUUCAUGACCGAGUUUUGGUUCCUCGCUUUGGCUUACGAGCACCCAACAUCAAUGGAAAGCCGGUCGUUGCCGUACAAGGUCUUGAAAUCCUUCUGGUUUUCAAUAUUGCGUACGAUGUUGGUAUUUUCCGGUCAGAAGGACAGCGCAUCCAGCUAGCUGGUUGCUAUCAGUUGCUGUGUUACACUGGUGCACGACCUGCUGAGCUGGUUCAUGCCGAAAGGGAGAAACCCAAACACGAAGCUUGGGAUCUUUUCAACUGGGAUGAGGACGCGCAAGGCGAAGAUUCUCUGUUGCUUGACAAACUGUUGCGACAGGAAACCGCUGAUCGAGGGCGUCCCAAAGCCUUGUGCUACGAGGACAUAUUGAUGAUGAUUGUUCGUCAUCCAGUAACCGGACGGGCUAUACCAGCCAUGGCGAUCAAAUUCAUCUAUCAUAAGGGAGCCGAUAGGAAACCUAAGCCGCUAAUCAUUUCAAGGACUAUUUUUUACUUCACACCCGCAAGAAAGCUUUUAUUUUGUGCCGUGAGCACUAUCAUCGCCUUAGCACUUCGUGACCAGGCCUUCGAGGCGGCGAGCCUAACAGAUGCGAAGGCUGUUCUGGGGUUGAAGAUCCGGGGUCCGGUCAAGUCCAUGGCUCUACGAUGGAAGAAAUCGAUGCUGAAAAUCCCGCUUUUUAGGAAGUUCGAAGGCAACAACUUAUCUAAAGACAUGGCUAUGACCUAUGCUACUUUAAGGGAUCAUAUGCACCGACAAAGCCUUGAUGCUGGCUUUGAGAAACCGUGGACGCCGAGAUCAGCUCGGAGAGGGGCGGCGAACGCAGCCAACGAAAAUGCCCCAGAGUCCAUCCGGGAUCAGGUGAUGCGUCAUGAUCCUAAAUUCUUCACAUUUCAUGGCUCUUACCUCAAUGAGAAUGUCAAUUUCGAUCUGCAGAACGCUUUUCUCGAAGAGAAUGCGGAGGGACAACUUUACCAGUUGUUCACACAUGUCAGUCUUACACGUGACCCUCGGGCGACAAGAGACAUGGUACCUGAAGAGGUUUGGAAGAACAUGCCGCCCGAUCCGGAAAUUAUGGAUUUGGAGCGACAGCGACGAGAGUUGAAAGGAGGUCAAUAUCGCAUACAAGGUAUGGAGAACGAGGCCAAAAUCCGACAGUUGACGGAGAAGAUCAACACCAAGCGAGACCAACGCGACAAGAAGGUCGUGAAAGCGUACCGCAGUUAUUAUUUUUACAAUUGUUCAACUUGGGACAUUGAGAAGCAGGCACUUGGCAUCGAGGACGAGGAGUACACUGAACCGGCCAUCAGUUUGGAAAUCAUUGAGCGGGACAAAUUGGCCAAGAUUCUGUUUUAUCAACCCGCCAAUUGCACUGAUGAUGAACGAGAGAAGUUUCAGAUCGAGGGCAUUGACUUGAUGGUGGCACUUUUCGGCAAAAGAGAAACAGUCAGACGGAAUCGAAUCCACGCCGACAGUCAAAUCCCUCAACCUCACGUUCAAAAACAAUGUCAACCUAAGCCUAUCCCCCUCAUCCUUGAUCGGAACCAGUGCCCUGAUUGUGUCGGCGAUGAGAGGCUCAGCAUGGAGGAACGAACAUUCAAGUACAGUCGAUCGACAGUCAGGAAUGACCAUUUCGACGAUCAACAUCUCCGAGAGCGAGAGAGCGCUGUCCGGCGUGGCGAUGAUAUACAAUGCCACCACCCCCAGUGCAAAUAUGAGAAACUGAAAACGCUGGACGCGUUCAGAAGUCAUGUGAAAAUAAAACAUGGGGUUUCACUGAGGACUUCAUAUCAGGUCAUGCGGAGAAGGACUAAAAAAUUACGGCGGAUACAAAUGGCUAGAGAAGGGUUGUCUGAAGGCAAACCCAACGGGUGA